UAAGAUCUCUACCUGCCCAUGACAGGGGUUGGAACUGGGUGAUCCUUAUGGUCCCUUCCUGCCCAGGGAAGGCAUCCCUGUCUGUGGCAGGGGUUUGGAACUGGGUGACCUGUAAGGUCCCUUUCCACCUGCGUCAGAGGGGUUGGAACUGGGAGACCGUUAAGAUCCCUUCCAACUAAACCUUUCUGUCAUUUGGUUCUGUAAAGGCCUUGGCAAAAAGAUGAAGAAACUGGAGAAAAUUGCCCUUUCAGAACUGGGGUUGACGGAGUUUGUGCCCUAUCUCGAUAGGCCUCCAUCCCCGCUGGAGUUUUACCGAGAAUGGGUGAGUCCAAAUAAACCUUGUAUUAUCCGGAACGCCAUCAGCCACUGGCCAGCUCUGGAGAAAUGGACCUUGGCGUAUCUCAGGGAGGUAGUCGGUGCCAAGGUAGUGAGCGUGGCAGUAACACCAAAUGGUUAUGCUGAUGCAGUGUUUCAGGACCGUUUUGUCAUGCCAGAGGAGCGCCAAAUGCCUUUCAUGGAUUUUUUGGACAUUGUGGAGAAGAAAGUGAUCUCUCCCAAUGUAUUCUAUGUGCAGAAGCAGUGUUCAAACCUCACCAAGGAGUUCCCUGAGCUUGUCUGUGAUGUGCAGCCUGACAUACCAUGGAUGAGUGAGGCACUUGGGAAGAAGCCCGAUGCUGUGAAUUUCUGGCUUGGGGAAUCAGCUGCUGUGACAUCUUUACAUAAAGAUCAUUAUGAGAACUUGUACUGUGUGAUAUCUGGAGAGAAACAUUUUCUACUGCAUCCACCGAGUGACCGUCCCUUCAUCCCAUAUGAGCUCUAUCAGCCAGCAACCUACCAUGUAUCAGAAGAUGGCUCAUUUGAAGUUGUGGAUGAGAAGAGUCCAAAUAAGGUGCCCUGGAUCCCCUUGGACCCAUUGAAUCCGAAUCUGGAACAGUAUCCAGACUAUGCUCAGGCAAAACCUCUGCAGUGUACAGUGAAAGCUGGUGAGAUGUUAUACCUGCCUUCUCUCUGGUUCCAUCAUGUUCAGCAAUCACAUGGCUGCAUAGCAGUGAAUUAUUGGUAUGACAUGGAAUAUGACCUUAAGUACAGCUACUAUCAACUACUAGAUUCUCUAACAAAAGCCGUGGAACUGUUAUAGCAGAGGUGGGAGACUCGAGCUUCUGAUCUCUCUGGUGUGAUACUCAUCAGCAUCUCUGCCUGGAGUACAAACAUGAUUCAAGUGAAAAGAACUGAAUGUUAAAUUCUCCUGAAAAACAUCUGUCAAACAGAUCAUGCCUAUUUUGCUUGAUAUCAGAGUCCAGAUCAAUUGGCCAUUUUUUUUUGGCUUACAAGUAGAAGGUUAUAACAGUAUUUUUAGGUCUGUAACAUGUUGCCUUGGUGAUGGUGAGCAAAAUAAAUUUGGAAGGGAGACAACCCAGGUUUUAGAAAUCCUGAAACAGAAGCCAAGAUUGUUAGUUCAUACCUACAGGUUGUUUUCCCAAGCAGACAAGAAAGUCUGUUCUGCCACCCAUCAGGCUACAUCAGUCCAGCACAUGCAUUUGGCUUAGGGCGAAAGUCCUGUCCAGUUGUAUUUCAGUGACUGUGGUGUUUUGAUGGUGAGAAAUUACAGCUUAUGUAAUAAAAGGUCGGUUUAAAAGAUUAUACCUGUACUAAUUUCUUCCUUUUUUUUUUAAUUUAAAUUAUAUGAUGGAUGGUGGACAUCUAGGACGAUAUAAAGAAGUCAAUGCUGACUAUUUUCUAUGUUAAGCUACAUGUUUUUAUUGCUGAUUUUUAUUUCCUUGCCAUGGUUGUAUUGAAUUAUAGCUGCACUUUCAUACAUCCUGAAUGGUGAUUUUAGAGUUGCUUUGCCAGAUCUGCAAUCAAUUUGUACAUCACCCGUGGUCUCCCGGCAUGAUGUGUGAUGCUGCAGCUUGUUGACUUGUUGAUUGUUUCAUUCCUUCGCAGUUAAUUGCUGCCUAACACAUGGUCAGGUGCGUUAUGUGAAACAGGAGCUGAUUUCUGCAGUCUCAAUUCCCAUUUGUAUUUCCGCAGAAUGUGAUAUGGCUACUUCUGAGACCUGCCAAGGAGGAGUAGAAGGCUAUUAAAUACACAGACAUUCCAAAAAUGUAAUAUUGUUGCUUAUGGAAACAAAAUGCUGGUUUUUAUCAUGAAAUCUUCAAUAAGUUCCUUAGAAACACUAGAAAUAUAGGGGAAAAUCUAUUUUCCAUGUAUUAAUUAGGAAAAUGCAGGUGCCCUUUAGAUGAGGUGAAUUGUUGUGAUGAAAUAAGAUAAUCCUUCUUGUACUUUGUCUGUUUCUU